AUGGCACCCAUCACUCGUUCCUUCGAUCGUUCCACACUGGUCUUCUUCACAACGGCAGCGCUGGCAUGCGUCACGAAAAUCGCAACUACCGCCGUCGUCGUUCAUCUAGCAACUUGGACACUAAGAGAGGGCCCGAAUCUUCCUCUUGCAGCGACAGCGUCUGCGUUUGAACUCUUCGCCUUGGUCACGUUCGUGGCCUGUCUUUGGCUAUUCCUACGCCGGGUCUCACGCCGGCUCAUACUGAUUGCCCUUGUUCCUGCUGCCGUGCUCGGCUUCGUGGGCACAAUACUCAGCCUGAUCACACUGGCGCUUACGUUCUCCAUCACGAAAACGAAAGCAGCAGAGAGGAAUCCCUCCGGCUACCGGAUCGAACAACAACUGACUGCCCUUGGCCUGGCCAUUGGUGCCAUUGGCGUAAUUCCUCAGACUGCCUUCUAUAUCCUGGUUCUGCCUCGGACGAGCAACAACACAUCAGUCAGCUCGCCAGAGGACGCCGUUCGAACGAGUUCGCCCGGUAGUCGAUCGGAUAAGCGACGUUCAUCGUCGUUCACUCUGACAUCGCUGAGCGCUAGAACGUCGCACUAUCGAUCCGCUUCCGCGCCCGACUCUCCACCCCACUGCAAGUCACCAAGCAGUCCAGGAUCAUCGAUCAAACGGUCGAUGUCCAACUCAUUGCGACCCAUGACAUCUCGAACAAGGCUUCUCUUUGGAACGUCAUUUGCUUCGAGGGACUCACGGAGUCUGUACUCUCGCGCCGACUCGUGCACCGAUCACACGAGGAACAACAGCGACUUUGAGAACUGGGACACGUCAGCAGUAGAAAGUCAACUCGACGAUCCAGGUCUUAACAGAAGACCACUAGAGACCAUCCCCGGCAGCCGGCCAGUCAGUCCAGCCGACGCCUUGGACGGCCCUUUCUCCGACGACCGAUCUCCGGAAGAAUGUCCUCUACACGAAUCAUCCCCGACACCUCGCUACUCGCCAACAUCAGAUAAUGGCUCUCCGAGACUCGCUCCACGAGCAAUUGUCCGCAAGACCAGCGUCCCGGACCAACUGCACAUCCACCCACUCUUCCGAUCCGAAAGUCCAGUUCCACCACCUCUCAAAUCGCCAAACACAGUCAUCACCGCCUCACCUUACGCUGGACAGAUUGUGAGUUCCGAACUCGUCGGUCCGAGGAUAUUACACUCGGCUCAGUCGAGUAGGCCGGGAAGUCCGAGUCGUAUGACGGCCGGGAGUCGAGCUGGAAGCGUCAGGAGUCUCCGCACCAUGCCAACUUCUCCACUUCCAAUGGAACCAGAUUCUCGUGGGAGAUCGCAUCUGGCAGAGGCGUCUUUUCCAUUGCGGUCCGAACGGCGGGACGAGGUGUCGGAUGACGAAACGGCGAGUAGAUAGAGU